AAAUCAUGUGACGGGCAAAGCCGUAUAAGAAGCCGCCCGCAGAAAACAGCCCAAUAUGUCCUUUAGACCAGCACCUUGCACCUUGGACACUCUCCGUGACGAGUUAAGAUGAAAACUCAAACUCUUUUCAUUUUUUUAGCUGCUGUCGGGCUUCAAGUUGCGAUUGCAGCAUCUGUGUCAGCUGUGUCUGAAGAUGUGAGCAGAGAUGAUAGUGAUGGAGUUUCAGCUGAGAGCGUCAGUGAACUGCAGAAAAGAGACUCUGACUCUAAAUCUGUUGAAGACGGGCAUGAAUCAGACUCUGACUCUGUUGAAGAUGGGGAUGAAUCAGACUCUGACUCUAAAUCUGUUGAAGACGGGCAUGAAUCAGACUCUGACUCUAAAUCUGUUGAAGACGGGCAUGAAUCAGACUCUGACUCUGUUGAAGAUGGGGAUGAAGCAGACUCUGAAGCUAAGAAUGUUGAAGAUGGGGAUGGCAUGAUGGGAACACAAGGGACUCCGUCUCCGACAGUCCAGUGACAGCCAUGAAGGGGAGAAGAGCGAGGGCCGAGGCCCCGCCCUGCCGUGUACCUUUCCACAGGAAGAAGUGGACCUCCACCCGUCACAGCCAAUAAACGCAUUCCAGUCUGA